GUCAUGUUCCAACAAAACAACGAUUUUUGUACAGUUUGUGGCACAAUUUUGCCGUUGCCUGAAUUGAUGCCUUCAACCGUGCAAUGUGCUCUAUGCAGAAAUAAAUGGCCUGCUAAACUUGAUCAAGAAAGAAAUACCUUCACCUACAAACGAAGCUUCGAAAAAACACAACAAGAUGACGACAAAAAUUUAAAUGUGGAGGAAGAUGUGACAGUGGAGCAUUUAUGUCCAAAAUGUGAUUAUAAUGUGGCUACAUAUACUACACAACAGACAAGAUCGGCAGAUGAAGGACAAACGGUUUUUUAUCAGUGUGUGAAGUGUAAGCAUAGAUGUAUCGAAUAUUCCUGA